AUGACCAUUAGUGCUAACAGUGAGCUGAGCGACGUUCAAAAGCCAAGCAAUGGAGAUAUGGCCACCGAAGUUCGUCGUGAUAGAUUCAAAACCUUCUGGGAUAAGUAUUCGGAUAAACCCGAUACUAACACCAUGAUGCUUAACCAUUCUGCUGAUGAUCUUGAAUCUGCCGACAGAACCGAUAUCCUCGCUUGUCUUCCCCAAGUUACUAACAAGGAUGUUGUUGAUAUUGGAGCUGGUAUUGGACGUUUCACUACCGUUUUGGCCGAAUCAGCUAAGUCCGUUCUCUCAACUGAUUUCAUUGAGUCCUUUAUUUCUAAGAAUAAAGAACGCAAUGCUCAUAUGGGUAAUGUUCAAUACCAGAUCGGUGAUGCUGUCCAUCUUGUCAUGGAUAACACGAGUGUCGAUCUUGUCUUCACCAAUUGGCUCAUGAUGUAUCUGAGUGAUUCUGAGACAAUCGAAUUCCUGAUGAAUUGCAUGAAAUGGCUUCGUCCAAAUGGAUACGUACACUUGAGAGAAAGUUGUUCUGAACCAAGCACAGGAAGAUCUAAAACUAACACCAUGCAUUCCACUUCCGAAGCUAAUCCAACUCAUUAUCGUUUCUCAUCCCUUUACAUCACGUUGUUGAGAAACAUUCGUUAUCAAGAUGCAGAAGGUAAAAUCUGGAAAUUCAAUGUUGAAUGGAGUUGCUCCGUCCCAACUUACAUCCAGUAUCAAAACAAUUGGCGCCAAGUUCAUUGGUUAGCUAAGAAAGUGCCAGCUGAGGAAACAAAACCAACAUCUCCUGAAGAUCUUCUUGAGCUUUUCAGCAAAGUGUGGUAUGAAGAGCAAGUGGAGUGGGAUAAGAAAUUGGAUGGAGAGAAAUACGUGUGGACUGAUAAGAUUUUCGCUAAUGUUUUGAAUGAUGAAAUCGUUGCGAAGAAUUCCGCUGCCUUAGUAUAUACUCCACGUGCUUCAUCUCCAUACACUCAUAUCAACUCUCAUCUCUUGGCUGAGAAUUUCACAUGUAACGUAUGGAACAUUGAAACCAAGCCAUACCUUUACCGUACUUCCCUUACCCGGGCCAAUACGAUCAAGGACAAAAGAGUCAGAUUUGCGUGGAACGAUAGUUUGGCUUCUUCGAUUAAUUAUUGGAUUGCACGUGAUGCUUCUUUCGAAAGCUUCAUUGCUACGGAAUUACUCUCUUCUUCAUCGGAUGAGGAACUAACGAAAAUCCAGUCUAUUAUGAAUUCGGAAGCGAAUGUUGUUCUAUUGGAGCCAGUUGAUGAGAUCAAUGAGGAAGCAAUUAAGAAGAAGCUCUCCUUGAUAGGCUUAAAGAAGAUUAUCAUCAAGGACGUUACAACUGAAAGCGUAAAUGCUCAAAAGGAGUAUUUCACUGAGCACCAACUUACUGACGAUACUCCAGCCAAGAAAUGGAUCUUGAUUCAGGGACAUUUGUAA